UAUUUGAGUUGAAAUAAAUCAAGAUAGACGGAGAGGAGUAGUAUGAUGUUGUAGGCGUGAGACUCCGACACGUGUUGAUAUUGUUGGGAGUUAUAAUGAAAGCUAACACACCAUCACUUAUGCUGCAGAAGAAAUGAAAUAAAACGUACGGAUAUGAGGAUUCAUUAUUUCCCGUCUCACGUCCUAAGGAAAUCUCCGACAUUAUCAGGAAGUGGACGAGCUAUUGAUCAGCAGAUCAAUCUGUUAUCAUGUAUUGGGACUGGACUAACCGUAUCGAUUUGACGAUGUCUAUUGAACAGGCUGAGGGGCUAACGGACGAACAUAUCGCAGAGUACCGAGAGGUGUUCGAUGUCUACGAUAAAAACAAAGAUGGCGUGAUUGAAGCCAAAGAGCUGGAAAAAGUGAUGCGGGAUUUGGGACAAAACCCAAGCAGCGAUGAGAUCAUCGAGAGAAUCAGCGAAGGAGACAUCAACGGUGAUGGCACAAUUGACUUCCAGGAGUUUCUCCUGAUGAUGGCUAAACGACGGAAAUGUCCGAAAAAUGACGACGACCUACAGCGAGCAUUCGACGUAUUCGAUAAGGACGGGAACGGCUACAUAUCACGGGAGGAGUUAAAGAGUGUGAUGGAGACUCUAGGAGAGAGACUAACUGACAGUGAAUUGGACGAGAUGUUGAAGGAGGCAGAUAAAGAUGGCGACGGCCAGGUUAACUAUGAAGAUUGCCGGGAGGCAUUCGGCAUGUUCGACAAAGACGGCGAUGGCACCAUUACUACAAAGGAAUUGUCGACGGUGUUGAGGUCUAUGGACCAGAACCCGACAGAGGCGGAGCUCAGAUCUAUGCUCCAGGAGGUUGAUGCUGAUGGAAAUGGAACUAUAGACUUUCCCGAAUUUCUCACCAUGAUGGCGAAGCGGAUGGGAAACGCUCCGGAAUCUUUUGAAGAACAAAUGUUAGAAGCAUUCCGACUGUUUGACAAGGAUGGAAACGGCUCUAUUAGUCCGGAGGAGCUAAAACAGGUGAUGGGCAACUUGGGAGAGAAGUUGACGGAUGAGGAGCUGGACUGCAUGAUCAAAGAGGCCGACACGGACGGUGAUGGGAGUGUCAACUACGAAGAAUUUGUAAAGAUGAUGACUAGCCGAUGAAGUUCUAGGAUAAUAGCUCAUUUACAUAUCACCAUUUCGUGUAGACUUAGAUAAUAUUACUGAGACAAGGAUGUAAUCCUGAGGAAUCGUCACCUUAUAACUUACCUGGCCAGGUAAACAUCGGCUGUACCAACAAAUCAUACGGACUUUGUGGUUACUUUGUAGGGAUGACAAAGCUGUGACAUUGUCCUAUGUUGAUACCGACGAGGGUAUACAGUGUUUGAAAUUAAAGAGCUGCAAAGCUGAUAAGUAAAAAGAUCCGUCCAAUUAUUGUGAUAUAAAGAAGCCCGUAUGUGUGUAAUUUUCCGACUAUGUAUUCAUUUGAUUCUGUUUAUUUGUUUUUAAUAAUUCACGCUAUCCAUUUUAUUCAAAAAGAAAAAUUGAUAGAGUCCAUGAAUUGAACGCUUUGUUUGAUUAAAAUUAAUAAAGGUUUCCCGCUUCUAUUG